UUUGGAAUAAAUGGAACAGAUAUUUUCAUUGCACAAACACGGCAUACAUUUAUGAAGAAUCCAUAGAACAAUAUGUGCAGCGUACAUCCCAACAUUUGAGUACAGUGCCAGUGAGGUUUGAUAAUCUUAUUGUGCUGCUCACUGUGGUUUCACUCUUUCAGCACCAUAAUGAACAGUAGUCGUAUCAUUGUUAGUAGUUCAGCACCAUGGAGAGCAACAUUUAACCCAGUCGUCAUAGUGAAAUUAAAAUAAGUCUGAGUCUUGUACAUUUCAAGCAGAAAUUUGAGGUACUUGUACUUUCAUGAGUAUCCUUUCUGCUUCUACAUGACUACAUUUCAAAGGUAGGCAUUGCAUUUGGCAGCUUUAGUUACUAGUUACAAAUUAGUACUUUUGCACAAAAAAUACGAAGAGCUUCUAAAAUGUGAUGUUUUGUUAUAUAUUAAGCAAACCACCAGUAUAACCAAAACAAUUAGUUAUUCAUUCAAUUAGCUUAUAGGAAGAAAAUUAAUUGGAAAAAUAAUUCUAAUGAUCUGAUCUCACUGAUCAGUGUAAUUAGUCCACCACCACCCUUCCUUCUGAUUUCAGGUUACAUCAUUAAGAACUCUUUAAGAAGUGUGAAGUGCAUGUACUUCACACGCAGUAGUACAGACAAUCUAAGAAUGUCCAACAGCUUGGGAGUUGAGGACAAGUUCUUGCAGCUUUUCCUUUCCGUUGGUCCAUUUCUUUCACUGCCUCCGCAAUCUAAAUGUCAGAGCUAUAAAGCCAAACUCCUAUACUGCCAUUAAUGUCAAUCCCACCCUUAUAAUGUCAGUGAAGUACAGUCUGUAAUGUUUUGUUGUCAUAAAUAAGAUGCAAAAAUUGAAGGUUUAUUAUUAUUAAAUCACCGCAGUGAAGUCAUACUAUUAAUUUACACAGAUUGCUAGAGGGCAAAACCAAGUAAAACAUUUGGGUGUUUACAUAACAUGAGCUCAGCAUCUGUAUACUGUUUGUGGUUGCACUUGCUGUCUAUUAAACCAUGCUUAAAUAAUUUUCUGGCUCUUAAAAACUCAAAAUAAAGAUUAAAUGUAUAACAUAUUUUUUCACUCCUUUAAGAUCAUUUGAAUAGGCCUACCUUGAGAAGACGAUUCGAAGAAAAAUAAUCAGGGUUAAUAAAAGUUUACGGGGUUGAUGCAUUUGGAAUUAAAUGUGCAUUUGUUGUAAUGGAUUUGAGGAUUAGCAAAAUGACUAAAUUAACACCACCUAAAAUUGACACUGAGUCAUCAGUGAGUAGCCUUCUGAUGAAACACUUACCCUUUUCACAGUCUCUCGCAACUCACAUACUGAGGAGGAGGAGGAUGUCGACAUGUCUGCGCUAACACUGCAGAACUCCAACUUCUACAACUGAAAGUGCUUAAAUGGAUUCCAAUCGCUCUGAAAAGGCACCAGGCGAGGACGGAGAAGUGUACGAGAAACAUUUUGCGCUCAUCAGAGCUGGGAUUUUGGCUUUGGUUUUUUUGCUUGCAACAUGUGGAAAUCUGUUCUUCUUGGUCACACUUUGGAAGAAGCGAAAAAGAAACACAAGGACCCAGUUGUUCCUCUUGCACUUGUGUCUGGCAGAUCUGGUGGUGGCUUUUUUCCAAGUCUUGCCACAAUUUCUCAUCGAAAUUACACACAGGUUUAGAGGUACCGACUUCCUGUGCCGGUCCGUCAAAUACUUGCAGGUGGUGGGGAUGUUUGCCUCCACGUACAUGAUAGUGGUCAUGACCAUAGACCGGUACCAUGCGGUUUGUAACCCCAUGGUUUCCUUCUUUAAGGGCUCAUUUAGGAGGUACCUCUCCAUAGGCGCAGCGUGGCUGAUCUCCCUCGUCUUCAGCUCUCCUCAGCUCUUCAUCUUCUCUCUCCAAGAAGUGGAGGAGAACCAGUACGAUUGCUGGGCGACAUUUAUUGAACCGUGGGGGAGCCGAAUCUACAUCAGCUGGAUCACUCUGUCAGUGUAUGCCCUGCCUGCUGUCAUUCUACUCUAUUGUCAGUUAAGGAUAUGCACAGCAAUCUAUUUCAAUAUGAAGAGAAAGACGCUGCAGACGGGACACGCAGGCAAGAAGGGGGUGUCCAACGCGAAGCUGAAGACUGUGAAAAUGACAUUUGUUAUCAUAAUGACAUACACAGUGUGUUGGAGCCCAUUCUUUGUGGUCCAGUUGUGGUCUGCAUGGAGCCCAAGCAGUGCCCCUACUCAAGGGCGAGUGUUUGCCAUCAUCAUGCUGCUGGCCAGUCUCAACAGCUGCACCAACCCUUGGAUUUAUCUCUACUACAGCUAAAAACAAAACAAAACAAAACAAAACA